AAUGAGCAACUCGCUGUUAUAGGGCAGCAUCAUGUUGCCAGGUGAAGCUGCUGCUACAACACUGGGGAAAGGGUCUGGUGUUCCGUACCAUGGAUGGUGGUUGUCAAGGCACGCGAAGCAGCUGAAUCAUGCUGUUGCAUCUCCCUGUAUCUAGGGUCCCCUGCUCGAUCAUACAAAACUCAACACUUGAGACACAUGGCCCUUACAUGGAUCAUUCUGUUGACCUUGUUCCUGAACCACGUUGUGGAUGUAAGAAGUGCAUACAGAAAGCGUCAUCAUAUCGAGUUCUGCAGACUGGUGUCUCUGCUCACUAACCUUUCCUCAACAUGGGGCUGCCAUGGCUGGACCAGCCGGUUAUGCUACAUUCUUCCCGGGCUGAUCACUGCACCUUGACCCCAGAGCAGUGUGCCUAUCGUGACGCACAUUGGAGAUACUGGUAUCAAUCCGACCACGUCUAUGCUUUGAAUACCAUAUACUUUCUAUGUGCGACUGUCGGUGUUUUCUCCCUUCUGCAUCUGAUUUCCAAGUAUGGUCCGCAGUCCUUCAAGAGGACUACAAUAUGGCGA